AUGGGAUAUCAUCAUACUCGUAUGCAAGAGCUAUGCAAAGAAGUCGAUAAUCUUAAGGGUUCGAUGGAUGCGGUCACGACUUCUGUUUCGGAAUUGAGAAGUUCUAUGGAUCAUAAGGUGGCUCAAGCCAUGGAGGAAAUCAGGAAAUUGUUGGCGAACGAUUUGACUAAUCAUCAGGAAGGUCCAGUUGAGAAUGAAGGUCGAGAAAUGGUGGUUCCUCGACCUAGAGAUGGCACUCAUGAAGAUUCUAAGGUGAAACUGGCUUCGUGCAAACUGGAAAGGAAGGCACUACAAUGGCACCAAUCCUACUUGAAGCAUCGAGUGGCUAGAGACUGGCCUCGCUGGAGUGAGUAUGUAGCUUGUCUGUAUGCCAGAUUUGGAUCUGAACUAUUUGAUGAUCCCAUGGGCGACUUUAAGGAUUUGAAGCAGGUAAGCUCGGUACAAGACUAUGUUGGCCUGUUUGAUGAAUUGCUCACUAGAGUAGAAUUAUCGGAGGAGUAUGUUGUUAGUUGUUUCGUUAGGGGAUUGAAACCAGAAAUUGGGUUGCCUGUUAAAAUGUUGGCACCUAGAAAUUUAGCUUAG